AUGCAGCGAGAAGUGGACGAGCUCCUGGCAAGACUGGCUGCGGCGAGAGUUUCAGCCGCCAGCACAAACCGUUUGGAGGACCUGUGCCAGAUGCAGACCGAGUUGAAGCGGGAGCUUGCCGGCUUGCGGACCGAGAUGUCUAACCAGGUCAGCCAGCUCAAGCUUGAGGGCGCAAAGGAGGCACGGACGCAGUCCACGAUCUCCGAGCACUGGGAGCAACGAUACCAGUCCCUCUCAGCCACGGUUGAGAGCCUCAAGGUCGGCUGGGAGGCAACCCGGCGAAGUAUCAAAGAGACCUCCGCCAUGCAGGAGCAGGCUUGGCUCGAUGGUCUCCGCCUCCGUGUCGAUGCCUGUGCAGAGGGUGUGGCCUCGGAGGUGCGAAUUCGAGAGGAAUCAACACAGCGGCUGGAGUCUCUCCUGCAGAAGACGCGGCAAGAUCUCGAGGCAAAGAUCGAUGCAGUGGGAGGUGCCCUGGAGAAGCAGUUCAACGGAGUUCUUGCGAGCCAGAAUGACAAGGGUCUUCAUCUCGAGCUCAUGGGAGCCAUGCAGCUGGAGCUCCAGAAGAGACAGGACGCCGAGACAUCCCUCCGGGACCUGCAGUGCGAGAUGGUCGAGAUGCGCUCCAAGCUGCUACGGAAGGAGCACGCUUUGCUGGAAGCCACGGGCUUCAAAGAGCCCAGCAAAGAGGUCGCUCGAGAUCCCAGCAAGGAGGAGCCCACAACCUGGCGCCCUGGGCUCACAGGCACGCUCUUCGCUGAGCCAACGCUUUCUCGGGAGCCAGCACCAAGCAAUGGCACAGGACCCUCCCCGGAAACAGGCAGCCCAUUGAGCGAUCUCCGGGCAUCCUCAACUCCGGGAAUUCUUCGCCCUAAGUUGCCGCCACGCUUCCAGCAAUGGCCAACUUGA